AUGUCCACCUUCACAAUCCACUACUUCGCAACAGCAUCGCAAUAUACAGCGAAAAACACAGAAUCCCUCUCGGCACCACUCCCACUCCCAGAUCUCUUCCAUCAACUCGAGAAGCACUAUCCUGGGAUUGUGGAGAAAGUCUUAUCCAGCUGCGGGGUUAGUCUCAAUGGCGAAUAUGUUGAUGUGAAAGAAGAUGUCGACGUUGUUAUUACGCCAGGGGCCGAGGUUGCUAUUAUUCCGCCUGUUAGUUCGGGAUAA